AUAAUUGGUUGGUAUGUCUUUUCAUUAACAAUAUCGUUAUAUAAUAAAUGGAUGUUUGAUAAAUCUAAAUUAAACUUACCAUUCCCAAUAUUGAUCACAUCAUUCCAUCAAUUAUUACUAUCCAUACUAUCAUUCUUGACAAUCUGGUUCAAACCUACAAUAAGGCCCCAACAGGAAAAUGAAACCCAAGAUAAACUCAUCACUCGUCAAGGUUUGAAAUUUUACCUAACACAUAUCUUACCAUGUGCAACGGCAAGUGCUGGAGAUAUUGGGUCAGGGAAUAUGAGUUUCAGAUUCAUCACAUUAACAACAUACACGAUGGUGAAAAGUUCUAGUAUUGCUUUUGUUUUAUUAUUUGGUGUUAUUUGUAGAUUAGAAAAAUUUAGUUUAAAUUUGUUAGGAAUUGUGUUAUUAAUGUCAUUUGGUGUUAUGUUGAUGGUUGAUAAUGAUAAAAGUCAAAGUAAUGAUGAUGGUAAGGAGGAGGAUAGUCAUUUCUAUUUGGGAUUUUCACUAGUUUUAAUGUCAAGUUGUAUGAGUGGGUUACGUUGGGUUUUCACUCAAUUGUUAUUACACAAGAAUAAUGAAUCAAAGGGGAAGAAGAAUCCUAUUGUGACUAUAUAUCAAUUAUCUCCUCCAAUGUUUGUUGUGUUGUUUUGUAUUGGAUUAGGUAUUGAAGGUUUGGGGAAAUUUUUAAAUGCUUCAAUUUGGGAAGAACGAGGAAUUUUGAAAACUUUAAUAUUGUUAUUAUUUCCUGGUAUCUUGGUGUUUUUCAUGACAAUUUUUGAAUUUGCAAUAUUACAAAGAGCUCAAGUUAUUACUCUAAGUAUUGCAGGGAUUUUUAAAGAAAUUUUAACAAUUAUUGUUAGUACAUUUAUUUUCCAUGAUCGUUUAACAUUUAUGAAUUUUAUUGGAUUAAUCAUUACAUUAGUGGAUAUCGCAUGGUAUAAUUAUUAUAGAUACUUGGAAAGAUUAAAAGAAGCUGAGGAGAAUAUGAAACUUAAUGAUAGGGAUAGAUAUGAAUUAGAA